UCUCGACCCUUCCGCGCCAUUCCGGUACGACGCUUGUUAGUGUAAAGAGCUCCGACAAAAAUGACUGGAUGCAGUGUAUUCGGCUGUAAAAAAAGGUCUGACACAUCGAGUGUACAAAAAGACAACGUGACAUUUCAUCUAUUUCCAAAAGACCCUAUCCGUCGACAACAAUGGAUAAAAGCUUGUGAAAAUCACAGAACAUGGCUACCCAAACGUACAAGUAAAGUUUGCUCCGAUCAUUUUGAUACGUCAUGUUUCUUGUUGCUGGCUAACAACAAAAGAAAAUUAAAGGAAUCAGCAACACCUACUUUUAAAUUACCAAAUUGCUGCAGUGAAGAGAAAGUCUAUCAAAGCGAAAAAAUGGCCAAUAUGAAUAAUAAAAAACGGAAAUUAUCACCAUUAGCAAGAAAGAAGCACUAUGACAACUUAUCUGUAAAGAGAAAAGGGUGCGAGUUGGAAUAGGUUCGCGAGCAAAUAUUUUAUUAAAAAAACAACGGAUACACUGCUCCCGAGUAGACAUGGAUUUGGCUGUGCCGUUGUUCUUAAGUCCAACUGAUUUAUUAUUAGAACUGAUAAAUCAGGCGUCGAGCAGGUAUACGAGAGCCGGAUCCCAAUAGCAAUUUCUAAAUUAGUUACAUUUGCAAUUCGUGUAAGCAGAGAAAAACGUUUGCCAAAAACGUCCAUCGAGGUCUAGGAUUCAAAAUCCUUUUGUCCUGUAAAUGCGGUAAAGAUAAAUUUACCUUAUGUAUUUUAAAUUACCUCGCCACGAAGGUAAAUCGCCCGGAAGGCGCCGAAACUUGUGAGCGGUGCAAAGCUGAAGCGACAAACACCCCGGCUGCUUUCAAACAUCCGCCACGUCCAAUGACGGACGUGUCGAGAAGCUCAUUCGUCCUAUGCUAAUCCACCUAGGAUUUAUCUAAGGAGGAGCUGCUGGACCAGGUGUUUGGGUUAUAUGGGACAUACACAAAAUUCGAACGAGUCGUUCAAAUCCACUGUGUGGCGCAUCACACCUAAACACCUUCACUAAGGCAUUAAAUUCGUCGAGAUUUCUGUUUACAUCGCUGGAGGAAUGUUCAAUAAAGGCUAUAGUGCAGCAUUGAAAACGAUGCAGAACAUGAGUUGAAAACUGGACAGCAAUGCAAAAAAUUUCGCCAAGAGCGCCGACAAGGAGCGCGUCAUCUGAAAAAACAGGCGCGCUUCAUUUUUAAGUAAAGAGGCCAGAACAGACCGUACACUUUAUCGACCAGGAAUCGCUGAUUAGUAUGUUAAUGCGAACGAAACUAAAAAACCAAGAGAAAUCCAUAGAAGACCAGGUAACACCAUCAGAAUCCAAUGAGCUGAGUGAGAUGAAUUGCCAACCAACAGCAUUGCUUGAGGGUACUUCCAAAAACCAUGAGAAUAGCGUUGAAAAUGGAGGUAGUUUACAAAGUCCAUCUGAUGAAAUAUUAAAUAAUGAAGAAAUAGAAUGCGUAAUGACAAUUUCAAAAGACGACAAGAAUAGGGUUGGAAAUGGAGAAAGUUCCCUACAAAGUCCAUCUCAUGAAAUAUUAAAUAAUGAAGAAAUAGAAUGCGUAAUGGUGCUGCAGCAUGAGGAGACGGAAAAAGAUCUUGUACUUGACGAGUCUUUAGCCAAACCUCAGACACAAAAACGUUCUCGACUGCAAGAAAAAGAUAAAGUAAUAGAAACUCAGCAGAAGAAACUACUGGUUCAAUAUAAAACAAUAGCAACUCAAGACCGAUUAAUAGCGAAACAAGUGAAAGAAAUAAACAGCCUAAAGGCCAAUGUACAGGAUUUAGAAAUAAAAAAUGAUAAACUGACAAAACGGAAUGAGUUUUUAAGAGGAUCAUUACAGAGACUAAGAGAAAAAAUGCUUAAUGAGAACAUAUAAUUUUUCUACGAUAUUUUAUUAAAGAAUGUCAUAACUUCAUACUCCACAUUUUGAUUUUCACAACUAUUGAUUUUAGAUAUAAAAUUAAGGAAAUAAAAAUAAAAUGUAAUUGUGGGGCUCACCAACCAUCCCCGUGAUUCGUUAGUAA